GGCUCUGGCGCGCCGGGGAGCCGCCUGUGGCACAGAGUGGAUGUCAAACGCGCGCUCGCGAGCACUAUGGCGACUGCGGCGUCCAACCACUACAGCAUCCUCACGUCCAGUGCGUCCGUCGUCGCGCACUCGGAGCCCGGCAGCAUGCAGCAGACGCCGCCGGCCUAUAGGGACGCGCAGAGUCUUCUGCAGAGCGAGUACACCACUCUGCAGAGCAGCGGGAGCACGCUCAGCCACGCGCACCAGUGGUUGACGGCGGCUCUGUCUCACGGGGGAGAGGGAUCGCCGUGGCCCGCCAGCCCGCUGGGCGAGCAGGACAUUAAGCCCACCCUGCAGGGCGACGUGGACGAGUUGCGGCAUUCGCCGAGUCUGACGCCCAGGCAAGCGCAUCUGGUGCAGCCUAGCCAGAUUCACGACGCGAGCGCCUGGCGGGCGACGACCACGGCUCAUAUGCCGAGCAUGACCACGUCAAACGGGCAGAGCAUGAUUUACUCUCAGCCCGGCUACGGGGAGCCGGGCAUGCACCAUCACGCCCUCAGGGACGCGCAUGAGGACCACCACAGCCCGCACCUCAGCGACCAUGGCCACCCGCAGAGCCUUCAUCAGGGACACCACGAGCACUCGGACGAGGACACGCCGACCUCGGACGACUUGGAGCAGUUUGCCAAGCAGUUCAAACAGCGCCGGAUCAAGUUGGGUUUUACGCAGGCGGACGUGGGGUUGGCGUUGGGCACGCUCUACGGUAACGUGUUCUCCCAGACCACCAUCUGCAGGUUCGAGGCGCUUCAGUUGAGCUUUAAGAACAUGUGCAAACUCAAGCCUUUGCUUAACAAAUGGCUGGAGGAGGCAGACUCCACCUCGGGAAGCCCGACCAGCCUGGAUAAGAUAGCCGCGCAGGGAAGGAAAAGGAAAAAGCGCACCUCCAUCGAGGUGAGCGUCAAGGGGGCCUUGGAGAGCCAUUUCCUCAAGUGUCCCAAACCCGGCGCUUCUGAAAUCACCUCGCUGGCGGACAGCCUACAGCUGGAGAAAGAGGUGGUGCGGGUCUGGUUUUGUAAUCGGAGGCAGAAAGAAAAGAGGAUGACGCCGCAGAACGGACCCCUGCCCGGUAACGAAGAUUCGUACGGGGAAACAUCGCCUCACCACGGGGCUCAGACACCUGUUCCGUGAAAGAAGGGGCAUCUGCGCACUCAGACGGCGACCUGAAUCGAUUGUCUCUUUGUCCUGGUCACAAGUCCGUUCACGGUGGACCGACUGUGGUGAUGCGCACCUCAGAGGGAGCGCAGCGGGCAUUGUUGCCCAAACAAUACACGGGCGCGAGCGCGAGAAAUGCGCUCCGGUAAACUAAGGCGUUACGCUGCGGGUGAACCUAAAGUGCGAACGUUUUUAGACGUAAAUAUUCUUCUUUAAAAAAAGGUUUUAUUCGAAGUCCGAGGAUCUGUGAAAGCAUUUUAUCACUUCCAACCGAAAGCUGUGAAAAGGCGUCAGGGGCGCAAAUUCUCCAACGCCAUCUUCCCCUCACGACCACAAAAGGUUAAAUACUGAUUUAAUAGUGCAAUGUCUGAAACGUAUUCUCUUCCAAAUAUGAAUGGCAACAUUUAUUAUUAUUAUUAUUAUUAUUAUAGUUGCAUAAAUACAGUUACAAAGAUAAAUGUAAAUAGCAUGAGACAUUUUCUUAAAGGUAGUACAUCCAAUGUUGAUUAUAACAAAGGCUGCCAAGUGCUGCUGUGUGUUGUGCAACCCAAAACAACUCAAUUUCAUGCAGAUCACGGAUACACACUGCUGGUGCAUAACAGAGCGUCCGUCCAAUACGAGGCCUGAGGAAACAUUAAAAUCUCCUGUACUGCACUGCACCGUGCAUCACAGCGAAUUAUUUGUAGAAAUAAAUGAACAGCAGGCCAGGUCUAUACAUUCAAACCAUCCAAUUGGGUUUAUCCUUAAAAUUAGAUUAUAUAAAUUAAUUUGAAAAAGAUAUGUUUGACCUAAUGAUUACGCAUUUACGUUGCGUUUAGGAUUUGCAAGCAGCUUUAAACUGAAAAUGAUUUUGUUAAAAAUGUAAGGCUUUUCAGUUUCCACUUAUUUAAUUUUAGGGAAAAUCUAAAAGAAGCUAAACACAGCAUAUUUUAUUUUACAGUAGGCCUACAGAAAAAAAAACAAUUGUCUAAAAACAGUUAAUGCAGCAAAUAUUAAGAUAAUUUUAAUAGAAAAAACAACAACAACAACAACAUAAUAAUAAUAAUAAUAAUAAAUGUAUCAGCUACAGUGGCAAGUUUUCCUUUUUUCUGCUGUCUUCAUCUCACUGGAUCUUUAUUAUUAUAUUAACACAUUGAUUUUGUGUGUCAGCUAAACGUGUAAAAGCCUCAAAAUGUUUGUAACUGUUUGAUAUUUUGGUUUAGCUAUUUUAAUAAUCGUCUGGCUCUCCAAAACUUGCAUUUGUUGGUGUCAACUGUCGCGCGCAUUUUCUUUUACGGGAAAUAUAACACCAGCUGUGUUGCUAUUAUUUGAUGACCUGCAUCGAAAAAAAGGACACUGUGCGUAAAUGUUUUUAUUUUAAUUUUUUAUGGCUUUGUGAAUACUUGUAUAUUUGUAUAUUUGUGCACCUAACCUGGUACUGCCAAAGCACAACCUGUCAGUGUGCCCUAUUGAGACCCUUAAUGUCUUUGGUUUUGACAGAAAAUAUUGCACAGUUUUUUAAAAGACUUUUGUCAUUAAAGGAAAACAUUUUUAUAUGAAGAAGUGCAUCUCGUGAAUCUCUGCCCCGUGCUUAAUUAUAGCGAGGAGAAAGAUCCUGAAGAUAAAUUUCACAGAUUAUGUGACCAUUAAGGCAAGUGGAAGAUAAUAUUGCCUCAGAUGACGUGAAAUUGUACGUCCUUUGCAGCCCAUUAUAAUUUCUUAGCCUCCUGUUCAGGCACAACCGUUUUACAAUUUUAUCCAUAAUGAUGACAGAUUAGAGGGUUCAAAAAUGUACAGAAAGCAGAUGGGUACAAACGGUGAAUUUUUUGUGGAUUUACAUGGCGUUCUGGAUCAAAUAAUAGAUCUAUUUGCAAUAGUUCAUCAUUGUUAAUCAUUUAAAUUUUACACAAUAAAUUUGUUAAUAUUUUAAAUAUUUUUAGGCUUCAAAAUGCAGUCAAAAAAUGUACAUAAUAUUAGUGUACCGUGUAUUAUUAACAGCUUUAACAAAAUUAGCAAUAAUAAUAUUUUUAUAAGUUUAGAAUUAAUACAAUUAUAUAGAAAUAAUUUUAGACAGUUUAAAAAAUACAGAUUUGUAUAAAUUUGAUAGAUACAUUUGUCUAUCAAAUCUGUCAAGCAUCAUCCUCCACUCCGUUUAAAAUAAAUUAUUUCAUCUUUACUGAAUCGUAGUACCCAAACUCUGAUUAGAUUUCUUUAAUAUAUUUUUUGUUUCUUUGUGUAUAAUGAUUUUUGCAUCUCAUGGCCUUGUAGAUUUGUAAUGCCAAGGAAUAUUCUCAUCCGAAGCUGUAAAUGUGUGUGUUUGGGUAUCAGUGGCGCAUGUGCAGUGUGCGCCAUCUAGUGGUCAUGCGCCACUCAAUAAGCUGCAGAGGAGCAAUGCCCUACACGCCAUAUUACAAAAGAUAACCUUGUCUAUUUAAUACGGAUUUCAUUUUAUGAUACAUAAGGCAUAUGCUGCAGAUUUAGCAAAAAUAUUUCCAGUUAACAGCGGUAUUUUUUUGUGCUUGCGCUGCUAUUUAUUCUAAUGUACUUAAACCCAUAGGU